AUCAACUCGUUCGCUGAGUAUUCAACAAGCACUUCUCCUUCAACAACCCAACUUCAAAACCCACCCCAAACAAACAACAUGAAGUUCGCCGUUGCCGUAGUCAUGUUCGUGUGCGCCCUGGCUGGAGCUCAUGCCUCGUGGGCCCAGAUCGCUCCCGGUGUGUCCUAUGUGAGCCCCGUGGCCCAUGGAGCCGGUUUGUGGAACGGAGCCUGGAAUGGUGCCUGGAACGGUGCCUGGAACGGCGCCUGGAACGGUGCUCCCUGGGGUGCCCCUGCCGCCGUUGCCGUCCAUGCCAGCGCUGCUCCCUGGGGUCUGACCGGUGCCGGAUGGCACGGCGCUGCUGUUCCCGGAAUCAACCUGGCCCAGGGACCCGGUCUCGCCGCCGGCCAUGGCCAUGAGGGCGUCUAUGUGGCCAAGACCCGAGGUGCCAUCCACACCGCUCCCCUCGCCGGACACAUCAACUCCGCCACCUCCGUGAACGUGGCCCCUGCCCCCGGAACUCUGUAAGUCGGGAGUGAUGGAUAAACCAUACCCAAACCGAUGCCAAACGGAGCGGAUGGAUGGCAGUUACACUGAUCUCCACCUGCUUCAGCGACUUCCCACGACUACUCCAACCGGAUGAAUACCCAUCUCUCUCUGUACACUUAUUGUUAAGCACACCGCUCUUAGUCCCCCCCCAGAUACGAACACGAUCCUGAUCUUGGGUCCAUGUCCAUAUCCUCUGGACAUUUCCCAACGCACUCAGCAAUAUAUAAGUCCAACAGCAAUUACAACAACUACAACAAACCAACAAACGA